CUGAGUCAUAUGUCAAAUCAUAUUAAUACUUUUAAUAACAAACAGGAUAUUUAAUUAAAAAAACCAACGAAUAUUUAAUUUAACUCGUUCUAAUUAUUUCUCAACAAAGCCUUUAAAAAUUUGAAAAAUAUUAUGGCAUACCAGGGAGGCUAUGGUCAACCACCACCCGGAGGAUACCAACAACCAGCAGGAUAUGCCCCUCCACCAGGAGCGUUUGCACCGCAAAAUGCGAAUGUGUCACCUGAUGUUCAAAGAUGGUUCGAUGUUGUAGAUAGAGAUCGUUCUGGAAAAAUAAGCGCAACAGAACUUAAAGCUGCACUUAUAAAUGGAAAAGGGGAAAAUUUUUCUGAUAAUGCUUGCAAAUUAAUGAUUAGUAUGUUCGAUACUGACGCAAGUGGAACUAUAGAUGUACAAGAAUUCGAAAAAUUGUUCAACUAUAUUAAUCAGUGGUUGCAAGUUUUCAAAACCUACGAUCGUGAUCAAUCUGGUCAUAUUGAAGAGCAAGAAUUAUCGCAAGCUUUCGCCCAAAUGGGAUUUAGAUUUUCUCCAGAAUUUAUAACAUUUUUAAUAAGGAAAUCAGAUUUGCAAAACCACAAACAAAUAUCUGUUGAUCAGUUUAUUGUUUUAUGUGUACAAAUACAAAGAUUCACUGAGGCAUUUAGAGUGAGAGAUACUCAACAAAAUGGUACAAUAACCAUUGGAUUUGAAGAUUUUUUAAGCGUAGCUAUUGGAUGCUCCAUUUAAAUGCAAUGACGAAAGCUAUUUAUCCUAAAAAGGCCUUAUGCAAGAACAAGAAUAUAUAUAUACUUUACAUUCAUUUAUUUUACUAUAGAACAAUAUUUUUAUUAAGAAAUCAUGGUUAAAAAACAUUGUAUUUUGCUUGUUUUGGUAUUUUGAAGCACAGUUAAAAUAUAGGUAUUAUACAA